UUGAUCUGAUUUGUUCAGUCUGAUCUCCUCCUGUCUGUCUGUCUGUCUGUCCUCUUCCUGCUACCUGUUGCUCAUUGUUACUGUCAUGGAUCUCAGGACUGUUUUGACCUUCUCAAGUCUUUUACUCCUGACUGCUGGAGCAGACCACAAAACACUUCAGCAAAACAGCACAACGACUCCCAUCCACACUGUGACUGACAGCCCCAGCAAGAACUGUACCUGCCCCAGUGCUGCUCCAGCAGCCCCUGCUACCCCCACCCCCACCCCCUGCCGCUCUGAAGCUGACCUGGGCCUCUUCAUAAUCAAAUGGACCAAAUGUGACGGAUACGUUAACUUGAUCCUCCCUUAUCCCUCAAACUCCUCUUUGACUGUCUGUUACCGCAGUAAAACAAGCUUUGAGAGCCUCUUGAGAGACGUGUGUGUGAACCGUAAAGGUUGUGAAGACACCAAGCCAGAUUUGGUCAAAGGGAAAAUCAUUCAGAAGAAUCGUUAUGACAUCACAGAGAGUGAAGAAAAGAAAGGGGACAGCUGUGAGGCACUGAAGGUCCGAUGCAAAGUUGAGAACCUCCCAGAUGUAGAGGGGCAACUGCACGCCUACAAAGUGGUGACAGCUCUGCUCUGCUGCAUUCUGCUGAUCCUGUUACUCAUCCGCUUCACCAGACCCACCGUCAAAGCCCUGCAGAAGAGACUAUCAGACAGGAGGCAGAAUCGCUGGAUCGGACCUACGCAGAGUCACAGUGUGUCUUAUCAUCGAGGAAAAAGUGCAGUUAAAAACAAUGACGGAGAGAAGAGAGUGUCCUACCCUGCUCUGGAGCGACUGGCAGUCAGUGACAGCAGAGAGCCUUCAUCCAAUAGGAACAGUGAUUACAACUUCUGACACGCCUCUUCCUUCUGCAUCACUACCACCAGCACCGCCAUCAUCAUCAUCAUCAGGGCAAAACAUAUGCUUUCAUAUAUGACUAUUUCUGGAUUGUAUUAUACAGUAAUAAAACAAACUGGAAAAGGAAGAAUAAGUUAUAGCAACCUGACUAAAUUUAUAUUAAAGGGAUAUUUCAGAUUUUUUUUUAGGUGGGGUUCUUUGAAGCAGUCUAUAGUCUGUGUUACAUACAGUCGAUGUCAGUCUGCACAUAUCCUGUUUGGGGAAGCAGACAGAAGUGCCACCAAAGAAUGGAGGUUAGCAGCAAAACUGAUUUUAGCCACUUAAAAAAAAGUUCUACCUUAAAAAAUCUAUUCCAGUUUAGGUGGGCACUAUAUUAAGUAUAUUUUCACUGAUUUACUUCACAGUCAGACAGCCAUUUCCUUUGGCAAUAAAUUUUCUCCACUAUAGAACUUCCAUAAUCUCAUACAUCUGUCUCUUGUGGCCCAUUCAGUCCAGGCCUCCAGGAACUUCACCAGGCUUUGAAGACAAUUUUCAUAGUGGCCAAACAGUGUAAUUAUAGCUUUUAAGUCCAUCACUUGAAGCCACAAAAGAUUUUUGUCCCGUAGACUUACAUUGAGAAGGAGACGUCUGUUUAUCUGUGGAUACUUUUUUUUGAUCGUCACAACCUCAACGAAAUGACUCGUUUCACUAUCAGGAUUUGAUUCAUUUGGUCUGAUAACAUUUGAUAACACAGUAAAUCAUUGGGGUAAUUUUAUAGGUGGCAGCUGAAUGAUUUUGGCUUCAUGCACCACUGACCUUCAUAGGAAUGAACAGGGCUCCGCCUCUAAUGCUGUAUCCAGUUCUCUUUAUACAUCCCAGGUUCAACCUUCCUCUGCAAAAGUUCCUUUUCUGUAUACUCUGGAUCAUAAAGGUAUCUCACAGUGAAUGGCAUGUCACUGUCGCUGUCAUAACCACUCAUUUUUUAUUUUCUUGUAUUUGCUGUCUCCUCCAUAAAACGCUGAAAGUCUGACCCAACAGCUGAUCUGCAGCAUAAUGCAGCGUGCAGCACAGUUGUGUUUAUGUGUAUGAAUACGGAAGUUCAACAGUUGAGAAAAUGUAGUGCCAAAGGAAAAGCUUGUAUGACGAUGAAGUAAAGGGGAUAAAAUAUUCUAAAAAUAGCGUACACCUUAAGUGACAUUGGGCCUCUAUCUAGGUGGCUAAGAUACAUUUUCCUUCUGCGUCGACACUCCUGUCUGCUUCUUCAAACUGGGAGCAUGACGACCACCAUGUAGUGAAUAUAAUAUGCUGACUAUAGAUAAGCAUCUCGUACAACCCCACUUCAAAAAUCUGAUCCAUCCUUUUAAGAUAUGAUAUUGUUGAUUACAAUAUUCUGUGAAACCACAUAUCCGCCACCAUUGUACAUUGUGUUCAUACAUCUUUGUUUAGCAGUUAGCAUUGGAGCUACUUCUUAAAUAACAAAUGACUGGCAGUCUGUGACAGUAGAAAGCCUUCAUCUAAUGACUGCAUCUCAAAAGGUCUUGAAUGGUGUUGCCAGUUUUUAGCUCCAUCAGGUGACUGUUGGAUAUAUAGGUGACUUGCUUGUUUACUUACAAGCUAUAACAACAGACAGCUUUGCAGCUGUAACAGGUUAAUUUUGUGCACCUUUAGCUUGGCAAGUAGUUCCCCCUACUUUCAGUCUUUGUGCUAAGAUAGUCUAAACUCAUUUUAGACUUAUCUCCGUACUGGACAACAAGAGAUGAAACUGAGAAACUCACAAAGUUUACAAAGUGUUGAACUAUUCCUUUAAUUUUUCAAACUAUUCAUAAACUCUCUGCUAUAUUCAUUCAGUGAUACUGUGACAUACAUUUUGUUUCUUCUGUUGUCUGUUUGUGAUUAAUAUUGUGAACUGUUUUGUUUUCAGUAAAAU